AUGUUUGCAAACAAAGUGGUACUGAUCACCGGCGCCAGUUCGGGAAUCGGAGCUGAAACUGCUCUAGACUUCUCAAAACUUGAUGCUAAAUUGGUAAUUACCGGAAGAAAUAAACAAAAUUUAGAGAAUGUUGCUAAACAAUGCGAAGAAAAUUCACCAAGCUGUUUAAAACCACUGAUCGUAAUCGCCGAUAUGAAUAAUGAAAGUGACGUAGAGAACAUUAUUAAAACUACUAUCAACGAAUUCAAGCAACUCGAUGUCUUGGUGAACAAUGCUGGUGUUCUUGAAUCUGGUUCCAUAGAAAACACUUCACUAAAUCAGUACGAUCGAGUGAUGAAUACUAACGUCCGAGGACCAUACCAUCUUACAAUGUUAGCUACUCCUCACCUCGUAAAAACAAAGGGAAACAUAGUUAACGUAUCCAGUGUGACUGGCUUACGAUCUUUUCCAAACGUUCUUGCAUACUGCAUGUCUAAAUCUGCUCUGGACCAAUUCACGAGGUGUGUUGCUUUAGAACUGGCACUAAAGGGUGUUCGUGUUAACGCUGUGAAUCCUGGUGUGAUAACUACAGGUCUUCAUAUGAAGUCUAGUAUGAAUGAACAGGAAUACGAAGAAUUUAUUAAGAAUUGUGCGCAAAGCCAUGCCUUGGGUAGAGCCGGUGAUGCAAAGGAAGUUUCAUCGGUGAUUGUCUUUCUAGCAAGUGACGCUGCUAGUAACAUGACGGGUGUUACUUUACCUGUUGACGGGGGACGCCAUGCUAUGUGCCCACGGUAG